AUGGAUUGAGCCAAUAUGAUCCUCCUAUAUUAGUGUUCAGAAAUACAAGCUAAUUAUCAAGCCAAUUGGACAAGCCAUGGAUUCAGUCAAUAAGCGAAAUAAAAGGAUCAAGAUCAAUGCUUAUAAAAUAAUUGAUCAUACAUGUGUAUGACAACCGACUAUAUACAUACUUAACCCAUAAAGCUUGAUGAAGAUGAUGGAACCAUUAAGGAAGUUGCCGGAAAAUUCACCAUUUGCAAAAUAUUGAUGGAUGCAUCUCUAGAUUACCUUCUCCUUUGAUCUCUUCACCAAGAACCACACAAGAGAGGAAGAGAGACAAUAGCUUUAUUAAACACACACCAGGUCACUUACCCCUCAUGCCCAAUCACAAAAGCAGACUUUUCCAAAAGGCUUAUGACCCAAUGGACUGGCCAAAACUUUAUACUAGAUAACUAUAGUAUACUCAUGGACCUCUUACAUAAUUAUGAACAUGUGUCCAUCCCAUUACCAGUGAUCUUGUCCGUUGAGUACCAUUUAGCCCCUGAACACCGUCUCCCUGCAGCUUACGAUGACGCCGUUGAUUCGAUCAAGUGGGUCCGGGACCAAGUCAGGAAUAUCAACGGCUGUGAUCCGUGGUUGAGAGGCUACGUUGACUUCUCAGAGUGUUUCUUGAUGGGCAGUAUUUCUGGUUGCAAUAUCGUCUACCAUGCAGCCUUGCGUGCGCUGGACGUUGAUCUCUAACCGGUUAUAAUCAGAGGGCUGAUAAUGACUUCACCUUAUUUUGGUGGGGUCCAGCGAACUGAAUCGCGAUAAGAUUGUGCCGUUACCAGUUGAUGACCUUCUGUGGGCCCUGUCGCUGCUCCCUGGACUCCAAGAUCGGACGGCUGUGGAGGUGCUUUGUGAAAGAGUACGGAGGGGAUCCGGGGGUGGACAAACAGAGGGAAUUUGUGAUCACGAGUAUUGUAAGCUAACCAAUUGGUUGUGGAG